UGAUAAGAAUUAAAAAAGAAAUUCCAAUUUAUGCCCUUUUCCAUCGGACACGAUCUUUCUCCCUCUCCUUCCUCCGGCGACGACCGCCGUCGCUCUCCCUUCCGCCGCCGUCGACCUUCUCUGUCCCUCUCCCUCUCCGUUCUGUCGAAUUUUCCUUCUCCUCUUCGUUCCUGCAACCUCAACGCGUCUCUCUCACUGAUACCUGAAGAGAGCUGCGGCAGUCGCUCUCUCGCCUGAGUUCGCGUCUCUUUUGCUUCGGCAGUCGCAUCUCUCUAUCACUCUCUCACUGCUCAUUUUUUGGAUUUUUUCCCCCCUAGUUCAUACAUAGCCAUUGCUACCUUCUGCUGGAAGCUACAAGAGGCUAUCCAUUUCAUCCUCUAUGAAGUUUACAUGUCUGAGUAAAGGUAGAGGCUUUCACUUCCCACCAUGUCACAUGUUGAAUUUUUGUGGGAUAAGAAUCUUAUUGGAUUGCCCUCUAGAUUUUUCUUCUCUCGCGGCCUUCUCCCCUAUACCUACUUCAUUGGAUGACUUGUCAUUUGAAGAAAGCAACAACACUGAGAAGAGACGAAAAAUUGAAAAUCUCCUUGAUGCUAAAAGCCUAAUUUUUGCAGAACCUUGGUACAAGACUGUUAAUAAAUUGCAUCUAUGGAAUGCUUCUUUAAUAGAUGUCAUAUUAAUCUCCAGCCCAAUGGGUAUUAUGGGAUUGCCCUUUCUUACUCGAACAAAAGGUUUCUCAGCUAAGGUCUAUGUAACUGAAGCAUCGUCAAGAUUAGGCCAGCUAAUGAUGGAGGAUCUUGUAUUAAUGCAUGCGGAAUUUAGGCAGUUUUACGGACCAGAGGAGUCUAAUUUCCCAUCAUGGCUGAGGCAGGAGGAACUUGAAAUACUUCCUUCUUUAUUGAAAGAGAUAUUGCUAGGAAAAGAUGGAGUGGAGUUGGGUGGUUGGAUGCCCUUGUACAGUGCAGCUGAUGUGAAGGAUUGUAUGCUAAAGAUCAAUACACUUAAUUAUGCCCAGGAAGCAUGCUACAAUGGUACAUUGGUUAUUAAAGCAUUCAGCUCUGGUCUAGAAAUAGGCAGUUGUAAUUGGAUUCUAAAUGGUCCAAAGGGCGAUAUUGCUUAUCUUUCAAGCUCCUGCUUCUUUUCUGCUCAUGCAAUGACUUUUGAUUACCACAGUCUACAGAAGUCUUGUGCAUUAAUUUAUUCAGAUUUCUCAUUUUUGAGUGAUGCACAAGAUAUUGAAGAUGGGGAUAAUUACUCUGAUCCAACUUCUGAUUUGGAUAGAGCCAACCUUAACUCUGAUGAGAAUUUAGAAGAAAAGGAAAAACUGGUUUUCAUAUGCUCAUGUGCUGUAGAGUCUGUCAAAGAUGGUGGUUCGGUUCUUAUUCCUAUUAAUCGACUUGGAGCUAUUUUGCAGCUUUUGGAGGAAAUGACAACAUUACUCGAAGCUUCGGCUAUGCAGGUUCCGGUUUAUAUAAUUUCUUCAGUGGCUGAAGAAUUACUUGCAUUGCUUAACAUUAUACCAGAGUGGCUUUGUAAACAGAGGCAAGAAAGAUUAUUUGCUGGGGAACCGCUGUUUGCGCAUGUCAAGCUUCUAAAAGAGAAAAAGAUUCACGUGGUUCCUGACAUUCAUUCACAUAAACUUUUAAAGGAUUGGCAAGAACCCUGCAUUGUAUUUUGUCCUCACUGGAGUCUACGUCUGGGUCCCGUUGUUCAUCUGCUUCGACGUUGGUGUGGUGAUCCAAAAUCUUUGCUUAUCCUUGAGGAUUUGGUGAAUCCUGAGCUAGCACUGUUACCUUUCAAGCCAGUUGCAAUGAAGGUUCUUCAAUGUCUGUUUCCCUCUGGAAUAGGGAUGCAGAAAGUUCAACCUUUACUCAAGACACUGCAGCCAAAGACUGUUCUGUGCCCUGAAGAUUUGAGGUUGCAGAUGAGUUUCUCGAGUGAAAAGUCGUUCUCGGUUUUGUAUUAUUCCGAAGCCGAAACUUUAAAAGUACCAUGUCGAAACAAUAAUUCAGACUUGAAAAUUGCCGCUGAUUUGGCUUCCCAAUUUUAUUGGAAAACCUUUAAAAAUGAAGGAAUUAAUAUCACAAGAUUAAAGGGGAAGCUAUUAAUGGAAAAUGGUAGACACCACUUGCAUUUGGAUAAUGACAAAAAAACUUCCUUAAGAAAUAGUAAUUCUUUGGUAAGUUGUGGUUUACCAGAUGCAGAUAAACUCCUAGCUACAUUAUCAAAUAUGGGUAUUAAUGCAUCUAUGGAACAUGGUAUAGAUGAUGCUGAAUCACAAAAUGUUUGUAUAGUUCACACAGAAGACCCUUACAAAGCUUUGAUAGAGAUUGGAAACACCGGUACUAGUAUUACUACUGCUGAUGCCAAUAUUGCUUCUAUCAUUUAUAAAGCUAUAGAUGACAUUUUUUAUGGGGUUUGAUAUGAUAGAUUUUAUUUUUAUUGAUGUAGGUAAAAUUCUUGUAUCUGUAUAUUAUUCAUAGUUAUAAGUUAUUAUAAGUUAAUGACACAAUUUGUCGUUGCUAGUGUUA